AGUUUCAGUUUUUGCUCAGGCAAACGGACUGCUUCAGGUGUUGGAGACGACGUGCGCAGUUGGGGUCCGCCAUUUACUCCUGGAGGCGAAAGUUGUUAUCAUGCAGUGGUUAACAGAAAUAAGAAGAGUGUCGCUAUUGAUCUGAAGCAUGAUGCUGGACAGCGUCUGGUACUGCUUAUAUAUUAUUUUGUCGUUUCACAUGCAAAAGUCUUAGCAAAACGACUAGCAUCCAAAUGCGAUGUGUUGAUUGAAAAUUUCAAGCCAGGAACAAUGAAAAGGUUUGGUCUGGACUAUGACACACUGGCUCAACAGAAUGAAAAAUUGAUUUACUGCUCCAUUACAGGAUAUGGAUCAAACGGCCCAUAUGUAACGCGAGCCGGCUAUGAUAUAAUUGCGGAAGCACUCAGUGGUUUUAUGCAUGUUAAUACUUGUACUAGUGGGAACCCGCAGCAGGUUGCCGUCGCUCUGAUCGAUAUGAUUACAGGAUUAUACGCGCAUGGAGCAAUUUUAACGGCUUUGUUGCAACGAAAUCAAACGGGCAAAGGACAAAAAGUUGAAUGUAAUCUUCUUGCCACUCAGAUGGCAGCACUGUUGAAUGUGGCGAGCAAUUAUUUGAAUGCUGGAGUGCUCGACUGCAGUGAGGCAGUGCAGCGAGAAAGCAUACUGCCUUGCCAGGCUUUCAGAACCAAGGAUCAGCGAUAUUUCGUCGUUGCUGUUGGCAGCGAUAGCGGCUUCAAAAAACUGUGUAGAUUGAUUGGAAUGCCAAGUAUUGCAGAGGACCAGCGAUUCAGAAGCAACAAAGACAGAAUCAAGAACAAAAAUGAUCUUACUGAAUUACUUUCUAAAAGGUUUUUGGAGGAGGAUCUGAAGUAUUGGGAGAGAACAGUCACCGACGAUUCGUUAGCGAGUGCACCGGUAAACAAUCUGCAAGAGGCUUUCGAACAUCCGCAGGUACUGCUGAAUGCUUUUACAUUUCAGUAG